AUGAAAGCUGCCUCAGCCUUGUCAUGCGUGGCCGUAGCCAACGCAUUUAUCCUUCCCGACCCCAAGAUCUUCGAGCAAUCGGCGAUUAGGAACGAUGAUCGCACCGACCGAACCUCCUGGUGGGACCGCGUCCCAUCAAAGGAUUCCAUCGUGAACACCGUCGAGGAUGGCAUCGAUUCCCUGUCCGCGCACAUUGAGGGUGCCUUGCACUCUCUCGAGGACACUGUCGAGAACAAGUUCGAGCACCAUUUUGGGGAGGAGGUCUUUAACAAUCCUCGCGGUUCCGACAAAACCAUUUACGAGCUGAUAUCCGAGAGCGAGCAUACCACCGAAUUCGCCAAGUUGGUAAAUGACUAUGAAGACAUUGUCAAAGUAUUGAAGAGCACUGAGGCGAACCACACUCUCUUCGUGCCUACGAACCGCGCUUUUGAGCACAUUCCCAAACACAAGAAGCCCAGUAAGGAGGUGAUUGAGGCAAUUCUGAAGUAUCAUGUUGGAAUUGGCGAGUAUGAUGCGAAGAGAGUCCUACGCACCCACACGCUCCCCACGCUGCUAAACGAGCCGUUUCUCGGCGACAAGCCCCAGCGACUUCGCACCAGCGUUGGUCUUGGUGGCGUUCGUGUCAAUUUCUACGCGAAGGUUGUUGCGGUCAACAUUCGUGCCACCAAUGGAAUUAUUCAUGCUGUCAACAGCUUGAUUAUCCCACCUCCCAUGGUGGGCCGCGAGCUUACUCUACUUCCAAGCCAGUUUUCAACCCUGUUGCUCGCAUACGAGAAGACCGAUUUCGUCAAGUACAUCCAUGGCGUCAAGUCUACUGGCACCACUGUCUUCGCCCCUUCGAACAACGCUUUUGCCCGCCUCGGCCCCAAGGCUAACGCCUUUUUAUUUAACAGCCAGACCGGUCUGAAAUACCUCAAGGCACUGCUGAAGUACCAGAUCGUCGCCAACGCUACUCUCUACAGCGAUGCCUUCUACCGCCCUGACGAUAAGAAGGAUGCCAAGGUCAUGGAGCACUACCAUGUUGACCUGCCCACUUUGCUUGAUGGCAAGAACAUCGCUGUUGACGUUGCUACUUGGGGUGGCUGGACCAAGGUCAAGCUGAAUGGAUAUAUUCCCAUCGUCGUUGCUGAUGGUAUUGCCAAGAAUGGUGUCAUUCACGUUCCAGGCCGCGUUCCCAUCCCCCCUCACAAGCACAAGUCUGACUAUGUUGAUGGCGAGAUUUCCGUCGAAGAUUUGAAGGAGAGGCUGUCUGAAUACAUUGAGGAAAAUAAGGAGGCUGGCUGGCUCGAUGCCGAGUUGUGA